AUCAAUGCACAUUUAAGCCUUGAAUUCAUCUUGUAAAAUAAAAGGUUAGAAGGCAAAGAAUAAGCGUCACACACUUCACACUCCAAGCCAGCAGGGGUCAUAGUUUCAUUCGAUGUAAAUCGCUUAGGUCCCUCUUGCAUCUAUUUGAUGAUGUGGUUUUCUGCGUGGAGUAACUUCCGCGUAGGUGUUUCGCUGUGACUGGAAGUAAAGUUCAAACCGAUCCGCCCCAUACAAUAAUGGAAAUAUUACGGCUAUGAUAUUCUACCACUUCAAAACACCGUUUUUGUCUCUCCUCCGAAGAGUGUUGUCUGAGAGAUAUUCACCACGGAACAGUACAGUUAGUUAAGUUAUUUAGCAGGCUAGCUAGCCACCGUAGCUAGCCACUCACUCCUUACUGCAGGUGUUUGUCUGUGCUACAGGGAAUGGGAGAAUGGAUUGUCUAUGUGAAAUAAUUCACUGUCUGGUUGCAUUGGCAGUGGCUGCUUUGAUCGUGGUCCUGCUGAUAGCCCAUCUGACUGCCGGGAUGGUGGACCUGAAGCGCCAUGAGAAGGAGAAGUUCUUCCUGACCGCGACUGGAGAGAAGGAGCCCUUCCCCAGCCUUCAUGACCCCAGCUCCCUGGAGCUGUCUGUCAUAGUGCCUGCCUACAAUGAGGAGCUAAGAAUGCCUGUGAUGAUGGAGGAAGCUAUGGCAUACCUGGAGAACAGACAGAAACAGCAGCCGUUGUUUACCUAUGAGGUCAUCGUGGUGGAUGACGGCAGCAAAGACAAAACAACAGAGGUUGCCUUGCAGUACACUAGGAAGUAUGGAGAAGGCAAAGUCAGAGUCCUGACCCUGGUGAACAACAGAGGGAAGGGAGGUGCCGUCAGGAUGGGUACUCUGAGUUCCAGAGGGAAGCUUAUUCUGAUGGUGGACGCGGACGGAGCCACUAAGUUUGCAGACGUGGAGAAGGUGGAGGCCGGCCUUCAUGACGUAAACACCAAACCAGAUAACAUGGCCAUAUCCUGUGGGUCCAGAGCACACCUGGAGGAUGAGGCAGUCGCUUCGCGGUCUCUGUUCCGUACGUUCCUGAUGUAUGGGUUCCACUUCCUGGUUUGGUUCUUCUGUGUGCGAGGCAUCAAGGACACGCAGUGUGGCUUCAAGCUCUUCACCCGUGAGGCCGCGCUCAAGACCUUCUCCUCCCUACACGUGGAGCGAUGGGCCUUUGACGUGGAACUACUGUACAUCGCUCAGUGCUUUAAGAUCCCCGUAGCCGAGGUGGCUGUCAACUGGACUGAGAUAGAAGGGUCUAAGCUGGUGCCAGUGUGGAGCUGGUUACAGAUGGGUAGAGACCUGGUGUUCAUCCGCCUGCGUUACAUCACUGGUGCCUGGAGACUGGAAAGCCCUCGCAAGACCGACUAGAGCCAAUCACAUCAGCCCUCACACACUGAGACAGUCUUCUGAUUGGACAGAUGGGGCUGAUGAACUUCCUCGUUGGGCGGGAUUACCGUAAACUCAGAUGUGGGCUGUGGCUCAAUAGUCUAAAGCGGCUUCCUCUCCUUGUGUCCUCUCCAUCAUAUGCACUGAUCUGAAAUAGCAGGACAGGUAAGAGGAUUUCUACUGGGAGUUUGUUUUCACCUGUCCAGUUCUUUAAUGUGCAGACCGAGGCGAGGAGAGGAAGCUAUUUUAGGCUAUUGAGAUGCGUCCAUGGAUUUUCGGAUUUCAAUGGGAGGGCUAUGUUUUCUUUCGAACAUUGCCUUUGGCUGAGAAAUCUUUAGAUGAUUGAUUGACAGCUCCCGGUCUGUCCCGCCUAUUGCCAGGUUCAGAAUCCUCGUUUUUCUUUCCUUCACUUGAGAAAGGUUUGUGGUGUCCAUGGUAAAAUGUACAAGCCGUUGCCACGGUUUCAGAUACAUGCACUACAUGAUCGAUCCGUGUGCCAUGUUACUCAUUUUUUAUCUCUGUCAAACUGUUUGGGCGGGUAAAGAGGAAUGUUGACUGUCGCUGAGGGAUCAAAUGGAUCAUGUUUUGGUUUUUAUCAUGAUUCUAGUCCGGUAAAAUGGAAGAUGUCAUUUUCGAUGUGUCGUUAGAGAUGGGUAAGGGCUUGUAUAGGUAUGUCUGUAAUGUAGAAGGAUGAACUGAACUCAAUUAAAUGAAAAAAACCUCUCUAUUGA